UGUUUUUUUAAUUGAAUAGUAUAUAAAGGGGCAGUUUAAACUCAUAUGAAACAACUAGACAUAUUAAUUUAAAAAGAAUAAUCUUGUAGGCCGCUGGGCCAGCAGUUAAGUCAGGUCCCUGACUUCAAGAAUAUACACAAACCUCCUGCAGUUAUAGUAUUAGUAUUAUAUGUAUGUAUUAUUCAUUUUAGAUUUAUACAAAUGCACACAAUUUAUACAAUAUAUCAGUCAAACUUAAAAGCACUCACAAACACUAUAAAAGCCUAUAAGACUACACAAUAAAAUAUUAACCCUAGCCACGUUUACAGACUCAUAUGAUAUGAGUCAUGUCAUACUAAUAUCAGAUUUACUACCCAAUAAUAAAUUCUAUAUGAUAGGCCUGUGGUUUAUGUAGGAACACGGUGAUUGAGUAGGUUUAUGAUAAGAGCUGAGGAUUAUGGGAUUAUUCCAGCAGCCUACUGGAGCGUGUGUGUCUGUAUAAUGUGCUGGGAAGGAUCCUUCCUCUGCAGGCGCGCGCAUCCUCGGCCCGCCGAGAGUGGUCCUGAUGCUGGGCCUCGUGCGCGCGCAUUACAUCACUUCUUUCCUGCGUGAUUGGCUGCGGGUCAACUCUGCCGUGCAGCAUCCACCGCGCCAGCUCCAGCAUCCCGACGCGAGCGGCAGCCGCGUUUGAAGCCAGCCUCAUCAACCAUCAUCCUCAUCUCUGACUCCAUCACAAAAAUUAAAGAAACUGUUCGCGUGGGUGUGCGCGUUUUCCUUCUCUUGCACUGGCGGCUCGUUUCGAGGAUGGCCGAGAGCGAGGCAGACACGCCGAGCACGCCGAUUGAGUUUGAGAGCAAAUACUUCGAGUUUGAUGGAGUGCGGCUGCCGCCCUUCUGCAGAGGGAAGAUGGAGGAGAUCGCCAACUUCUCCCUCAGAAGUAGCGACAUAUGGAUUGUCACCUACCCGAAGUCAGGCACCAGUCUACUUCAGGAGGUUGUGUAUCUCGUGAGUCAGGGAGCAGACCCAGAUGAGAUUGGCCUUAUGAACAUUGAUGAACAGUUGCCUGUCUUGGAGUACCCCCAACCUGGCCUGGACAUCAUACAGGAGCUGACGUCCCCUCGUCUGAUCAAAAGCCAUCUUCCCUAUCGAUUCCUCCCCACAGCCAUGCACAACGGAGAGGCCAAGGUGAUCUACAUGGCUCGUAACCCUAAGGACUUGGUAGUGUCCUACUACCAGUUCCAUCGCUCUCUCAGGACCAUGAGCUACCGGGGAACCUUCCAGGAGUUCUGCCGGCGCUUCAUGAAUGACAAGCUGGGAUAUGGUUCCUGGUUUGAACAUGUUCAGGAAUUUUGGGAACAUCGUAUGGACUCUAAUGUCCUCUUCUUGAAAUAUGAAGACAUGUACAAGGAUCUGGGGACGCUGGUGGAACAGUUAGCCCGGUUCCUGGGUGUUUCCUGUGACAAGGUUCAGCUGGAGGGCAUGGUGGAGAGCUGCAACCAGCUCAUUGAGCAGUGCGGCAACUCUGAGGCGUUGUCCAUCUGCAGGGGUCGUGUGGGUCUGUGGAAGGACGUCUUCACAGUCUCUAUGAACGAAAAGUUUGACACGGUGUACAGACAGAAGAUGGGCAAGUCCGACCUGACCUUUGACUUCUGCCUGUGAGGAGGGCCCUCCUCCCAUACUGCUUCACCACUCUCCAUUCCACUGAUCCACUUCAGUACAGUCGACAAGUGCACACUUCCUGCCAAAACCCACGCUCCUACAUCUCCAUUCAGUCAAUCAGUCUGACGUUUAAUGGUACAGUCUGACAGAGGGAUUACACUACAAGACUCUUCCUAGAAUUCAAUGUCUCGAGUCAUCAAAAAUCCCACUCUUGUGGAUUGAUCAGAAUUAAUCCAGAUUUAUUAGGAGUUUAUUGAAAUUUCUCAAUCAAUAGUUAAACCAAACCUCCCUUAACCCCUUCCUCCACAGUAUGUUCCCACUGCUGUGUAUGUAUAUGUGUAUAUACUAACCAGGGUUCGACCGAUAUGGGAUUUUUAGGGGCCGAUACGUAGUAAGUAUUGGUCAACAUUUAUAUUUAAAAUCCUAGACUAUGGCUGUAUUAAUAACAGGGAUUCAAACUACGUGUCGAUAUUUGUGGCUGAAAUACACAGAAAAUCACAUGUCAAUAUGUCUGGACAGGGGAAAAAACAUGCCAGUUGAUGAUUGUCCCUCUUCUGGGAAAGGCUGCUCUCUCCGUAUACUUUUGGACAAUUUCUCCUCAAAAGCAUUCAUUGUGCUGCACACAAAAAGUGACAAAGGUAGUUGUGUAAAGGAUUAAAAAGGAGAGCUUUAGAAAAGUUCAAAUCCACCUCUGCACACUUCGCCUGAAGCGGGCGUGAUUGUUGAAUUACUGUUCAAUGAUUCAACAAGCGCUUUGUUUAAAGCAUACUGCGCUUGAACGUUUCUUGAAUUGUCAGUCUGGCGCCCCCUCAGUCCAGUUUGCCCUUGUGGAUCCUACUGAAGCUAUUGUCCCUGACAAGGAGGGGUUCGCAGGGUGGCUGGACUGGCCCAGUGGGACAGUGUGAGAAGCUCAGACAUUCAGCUUUCAGUGCGCCAUUCAUAAUUCAGGGAUGGCCCACCUGGGAGUGGACCCAGGGGCAGACCCAGAACAUGCUGCAGGAAUUAUAUGUCCCAUCUGGCCUGGGAACGCAUUGGGAUCCACUUGGAGAAGCUGGAGGAAGUAGCCAUGGAAACGUAAUGUAUAUGUAUGUCUUAGACCACUUGUUGGAUUGGUGAGUAGUGGUGAAAAUCUUGAGGAUUUUUUUGCACUAAUGUUUUUGUCUAGAGAGAGGAAUAAGCACUUGGGCCACUUAGAAGGGAUAUUCGAGCAUACUGGGGCUGAUUAAAGGGGCACGUUAGCAGGAAUUGUCCUUUACACAACUGUGAGUAUUUGAGGGUCUGCUAGGGCCUUAUUAACAACAUUUUGUCAUCAGAGGGUGCACCCAACAGAACUACUACGCGGCCACAUCUUUCUUGUGACUCAGCCUUUAAAUUGAUUUAUUUGUAUUAUUUAAAUGCAAGUCAUCACUUUGACUUGUGAUGUGCAGUGUUGAUCAACCACAAAUAUCUGUAAGCCGCCUCUGUGAUUCCCUCUGAUGGUUCUGGUUGUCAGAUGAACCCCUCAGAAACAUUUACACAAUCAGGAGACACUAAACCUCUCCAGACAAGGCCAGGCUAAUGAAACAGUUUUAUUGUUCGGAGCUCUGUAGGACAGGCCAUACACACCUGUUUGGUGUGGAAAACUGGAAUACAUUACUGCCUGGGAGGUGAAAAAAUUUUAAAAUUACAACUUAGGUACAAUGGCUGAAUAGGACAUAUUUACAGUUAUAAAAUGUCAAUGGAUGCCUGUUAUAAAUUUGCUGGUUACAUUAUAACUGAACUAACUACCCAAAGAGAAUUACAGUUCUUACAGACAACACCAAUAUCUGCCCUUUAAUCUGUCAUCCCCAUAUAUCGGUCUAACCCUGAAACUGAGUGCAUUAGCGGUUGUCUUGAUGCAGCAAUGGCUCCGAGCCAGGUAGACCCAUGGAAGGUAAGCGGAAGAGGCAAAGCAGCUCAGUGUCACAGCUGAGCGAGUGCUGUGUUAGAUGAUCAUUGUUCUUUUUUUGUUUUUUUCUGCUCCAAGCGGUGCAGGGUUUUUCAGCCUCCAUCACCGAUUGUCACCGGACACUUAUGUAUGAGCUUUACGUGUGUAUACGGAUGUGUGUGUUUAAGAGAGACAGAGAGAGAGAGACACAGAGAGUUAUAUCUUGUCAGUGCUCAGUGACACCAUCAGAAUGCUUAGACCGACUUGCAUCAGACAUCAACUUCAAGGAUUCGUCAUUGAUCUUUAAAUGCACUAUGUGUAGAGUUGAAUAAUGUGUAACUUUAUCCUGCUCAGUGGUAGUAUCAUAUCAGCUUAUGCCAUCAGAAAAAAUGCUAUAAUUAUGUACAAAUUCUACAAAUGAUGGCUUUAAGGAGCAGCACACUCUCUCUUUUAACUGAUAUUUUGUACAAACAUAGUGGUCAGCAUUUGAGACACAAUCUGCUGCACUGUAUUUACCAUAUAUCAUAAAAUAUAUACCCCCUCCGGUGGUUAAAAUGAGCAGCUGCUGCUCGGUUGCAGAUGCAGCUGUGCCAAACACAGUAGCUGAUACUGUAUUAGGUGGUUUCAUGUAGACAAACAUUGAAGGUCAAGACAAUAUGCAAAUGCAAAAAUUAUAAAAGAUAUGAGACAAAGACAAAGACAUUCAGAUACAUAUACAUUAUACAGAGACACUUAUAUAUAUAUUAUAUAUGUGAAUGAAAGGUAAACAAGAGCCUGUGCAGGAGAGGUGGAAAGCUAAAAGCGUAUGCAAAGACUAAAACCUCAAGGCAACAUAAACAGGAUACCAUGGUAUUUAAAAAGUACAUGACAUUUCUCUGUAUCUAACAUACAGGACUUACAUCAACAACACAGAGCUCCAUUAGAUUUCAGCCAAACGAUGGCUAAAUAAAUUGGGCCCCUACUGACCCCACUGUGAGCAUAAUAUACAUUUAAAUAAAGUAUUUAAUCUACAAGAUUAGGUAAUAAUGCUGUAGCCAUCUGUCAACACGUUAAUUUCAGUUUUUGAACACAUUAUCUCCAUUGUUCCGACAGCUCAUUAUUCUGAAACCCCGACAGUCUGAAAAAUGUCUCAUUGGACUGAAAGCCUGUUUGUUAUUCAGAAAAUGCACACUCUGGUAUCACCAACUUACCUACGUAACUUCACUGACGUAACUAACACACUUAUAUUAACCCAAAUCAUGAUCUUUUCCUAAACCUAACAAGGUAACCAUGUUUAUCAUGUUACCAUUGUUACCAUAAUGACUUCAUCCUUUCCUGCAUGUCCAAAUAGACUAAGAUAUUAAGGGCAAAAACCUCCAUAUACAGUGUGUAUUUUCUCAAAAACGGGCCUUCGCUCCAUGUACCAAGUCCUUACUAUAGCGGUUUUGAUUCCGACCUGUGGACCUUUGCUGCGUGUCAUCCCCUCUCUUUCUUCCCCCUUUCAUGUCACUCUUCAGCUGUCACUAUCAAUUAAAGACAAUAAAGAAAAAAAUUUACAAAGAAAAACAAAAACAGAAACUGGCCUUUGGCAGUAGGCUUGGUGAAUAAGGGGCUUUUGGGCAAAUGGGCUUUCGGUCCAAUGGGACAUUUUUCGGACUGUUGGGGUUUCGGAAUAAUGGACCGUUGGAACAAUGGGCAGUCCCCAGAUGCAAGUGUGUAUGUGUAAAAGGGGCUCUUGGGAUCUGUGGAGCUUUCUCUCUCUUUCUCUCUGUCUUCUCAGAAAUGUCAGGUUUUGGCUGCAGGAGAGGAGAGAGCAGAGUAUUAACCCAUAACCAGCAUUAACUGUAUUCUGCUACUCACUGUAGUGUAUCUGGAGUCAGACUAUUAACCCAAGGCAUCACGUACAACCAGUCCAGCACCUCCUCCUCUUCCUGUGUUGCCACAGUAGUUUCCAGUCCAGCAGACCAGUCCCUGCGCUCUACCAGACACUUGUGAAUGUCUUUAUUGUGUGGAUGUAAACGACAACCUCAGCACACACUCGUCAAAGCCGCCUCUUUUACGGCUGCAAAUUCUUUCUUUUCAUUGUUCUUUCUUCUCUGUGUCACUCUGUUUACAGCCGUUGGCAAGGCUUCCGCUGCCCAUCUCCACUUCAAUAGUUUGUUUGGGUUUUUAUACAUGCCUGUCUCUGUUUCCUGGGCAUCUUGCGUUGUAUUUUACAUGCUUUGCUUGCUGGUUUAUUAAUAAAGUUGUGUCU